AUGGAGGGCGCAGGCAGCGGCUGGGCAGCCGAGCUCACCCCUCCAUGUGUAGUGUGUAAUAUAAGUGGCAAUGACACAGGUCCUGUGUAUGAGGUGGCGCUGCAGAACAGCUCCUCUGAGCGCUUCCCUCAGUUUGUGGGUGUGGAGCUGCUGCAGUCCUUCAAGCUGCUCAUCAUCCCCUGCUACACGUUUGUGGCUCUAGUGGGCAUCUUUGGCAACUAUCUGCUCCUCUAUGUCAUCUGCCGCACUCGCAAGAUGCACAAUGUCACCAACUUCUUCAUCGGAAACCUGGCUUUCUCUGACAUGCUGAUGUGUGCCACAUGUGUCCCCUUCACGCUGGCGUACGCCUUCAACCCUCACGGCUGGGUGUUUGGCCGCUUCAUGUGCUACCUGGUGUACCUCAUCCAGCCAGUGACGGUGUAUGUGUCAGUUUUCACACUCACUGCCAUCGGUGUGGACAGAUACUAUGCCACAGUGCACCCACUGAAGAAGCGCAUCUCAGUAUUGGCGUGCACCUACCUUUUGUCUGGGAUCUGGCUGCUGUCCUGCGGUCUGGUGGCCCCGGCCGUGGCCCACACCUACCAUGUGGAGUUUAAGAAAGAAGGCUUCAUCAUCUGUGAGGAGUUCUGGAUGGGUCAAGAGAGGGAGCGGCUGGUUUACGCCUACAGCACCCUCUUAAUCACCUAUGUCCUGCCUCUAUCUGCUCUCUGCAUCUCUUACUUGUGCAUCUCAGUCAAACUCCGCAGCUGCGUCAUACCUGGCCACCACACCCAGAGCCAGGCGGAGGCUCAGCGCAUGCGCAAGCGCAAGACGUUCCGGCUGGUGAGUCUGGUGGUGGCAGCCUUUGGCAUCUGCUGGAUGCCCAUCAACGUGUUCAACAUUUUGCGUGACAUAGAUAUCGAUUUGAUUGACAAGCGCUACUUCCUGCUCAUCCAGCUUCUCUGUCACCUCUGUGCCAUGAGUUCAUCUUGCUGCAACCCUUUCCUCUACGCUUGGCUGCACGACCGCUUCCGCGCAGAGCUCCGCAAAAUGUUCACAUGCCGCCGUCGCAUCGGCAUCGCAGCCAACAACUGCCCCACAGCCAGCGUGGUCUUGUGA